CUGCGUUGACCCUCCGCUACUCCCGCGCGAACUGGACACACACUUGCGGAGCAACAAGCCUCACUGUGGGGAAAAUACCUUUAUUUGCGUUUCGGAUCUUGCGUAGGCGCUGCCUUUUAAGGAAAGAUGAGCAGCAUGUAUAAGGAUGAGCAGGAUGACUGGAUAACAGUCUGUCUCAAGUACCUCCUUUUCAUUUUCAACUUCCUGUUCUGGGUGGGCGGAGGGGUGGUGAUGGGUGUCGGGAUCUGGACGCUGGUCGACAAAGGAGACUACCUGAGUCUUCUGGCAUCCAGUACAUUCGCUGUGUCAGCCUACAUUCUGAUCCUGGCAGGGGGACUGGUCAUGGUCACAGGCUUCCUCGGCUGCUGUGCUGUCAUACGAGAGCAAAGGAGCUGUCUGUCCACGUACUUCUCGUGUCUGCUUCUGAUCUUUCUUAUUGAGCUGGUGGCUGGUAUACUGGCCUAUGUGUAUUACCAGACGCUGAGUGAAGAACUAAAACAGCACCUUAGUGAGACGAUGACAGAUAACUACGCCCAGCCUGGGAAAGAGAGCAUCACUCAGUCUGUGGACAGACUACAGCAGGAUUUCAAAUGCUGUGGGAGCAACAACUCUUAUGAUUGGAAAAACAGUGUAUACAUCAAAUCCCAAAAGGCAGAGACAAGGUUGGUCCCGGAUAGCUGCUGUAAGACCAUGACCCUUCAAUGCGGGAAGAGGGACCACCCAUCCAAUAUUUACAAAGUGGAGGGUGGCUGUAUAACUAAGCUGGAGCAGUUCUUGGCUGAUCACUUGCUCAUCAUUGGGGCUGUGGGAAUAGGUGUGGCCUGUUUGCAGCUAGUGGGAGCAGUGCUGACUGCCUGCUUUAUGUAUCUGCUUUAUAAAGAAGAAGAACAGGACUUCUCUGAUGCUUGAUUGGAUAGUACCACUUUUUUGACUCCUGAACAGCUAUGUGAGGAAAAGAUAUGUGGAAUGGUGUUCACAUGUUGCCUCCACAGGCAAAUUAAACUGGACCCAUACUGACCGCUCAGCCACUUUACAUACCCUCCUGACACUCCAACACACACCGACAUGGCCUUACUACUGUGCUCACCUUCAACUGCAUGAGCAAACAUAAGGCUUAAUGAAACAUUAAUGUAAGGGCUUUCUUUUAACAUUUGGCAGUUUUUUUCCCAAAGGGGUAUUCAGACAUCCAAAUAUCUGUUCUACUGUAUAAAGCCUUUAUUGAGACUAUUGUUGGUGUUGCCUCCUUAUGAUACUAAUGAUACUAACUCUUUAUAACUUUAUACUCUUUAUAAAGUUGUAGCAUAAUGCCCUAGUAAUGUACUGUAGAUAUAAAGGAAGCAUUCAGAAAAUGCCUUGGAAGAUACCUGCAGUCAUUUAAAUGUAUAAGAGACAUUCAGUAAAGGCCUUAGAAGACAUUUAUUUUUUUACCAUUAUGUAAAUUCUAAUAUACUGUAUACCCACUGAAUGUUUUUUUUUUUACUAUGUAUUUUCUAUGAUUUGGUUAUUUUAAAUGUAUAUAAUGCGCUGCUGUGGGAACCUGCUUAAAGUGAUAAAUACGUAAACUGGAUCUAUCAAAAAAUGCUUUACAAGAGCAUUCAUGAAUAUAUUUUCCUAAAAAAAAAAAGAAGAAUAUAUUAUAAAUGAAUGACAAGCAUGUUUUUUGCCAGGUCUUGUUAUAGUGCAGAAGGUGAUCAUAUUCUAAAACAAUUGUGGAAAAGGCUACUAAAAGGCUACAUACAAUCACAACUCGUUCAUGUCAUAGAAAGGGACACUUAAUAUCCCUUAAUAUUGGCCUUAUUGGCCUUGAAGCAAACAGGUGACAAAGAAAAUUCUGUUGAUUUAUAUUUUCACGUUAGACACAUAAAAGGAUGAAGAUUAACUAAAGAUUGAAUAUGAUAACGUUUUUGUCAAAUCUGUGGAUCAAUACUGUAGUUUUUCCUGUCCUUAAAUAUUAUAACAAGGGUUUAAUUGUUGCAUAUAUUGCAAAUUCUGCUCCACUUUAUGUCUGAUUAUCUGAUAUUAAAUAUAGAUGUCCUCCAUCUUGAAGGGAUAGUUCACCCAAAAAUGAAAAUUCUCUGAUCAUUUACUCACCUUCAUGCCAGAUGUGGGUGGCUUUCUUUCUUCUGCUGAACACAAAAGAAGAUUUUUAGAAGAAAAUCUCAGAUGUAAGUGAAUGGUGGUAAGAACUUUGCAGGUCCAAAAAGCAUAUACAGUAAAGGCAGCAUUAAAAUAAUCCAUACGACUUCAGUGGAUAAAUCCAUGUCUUUUGAAGCGACACAAUAGGUGUGGGUGAGAAAAAUAUAAAUAUUGAAAUGUUUAUUUUUAUUAUAAAUUCUCCUCCAUGGCCAGUAGGUGGUACAAAGAAUUUGAAUUACCAAAAACAAAAGAAGAAGAAAGUGAAAGUGGAGAUUUAGAUUAAAAAAAGGAAUAAAUAUUGAUCUGUUUCUCACCAGCACUUAUCAUAUUGCUUCUGAAGAUAUGGAUUUAACCACUUGAGUCAUAUGGAUUUAUUUUAUGCUGCCUUUAUAUGCUUUUUGGACCUUUAAAGUUUUGGUCACCAUUCACUUGCAUUGUAUGGACCUACAGAGCUCAGAUACUUUCAGCAAAAGAAAGAAAGUCAUACACAUCUGGGAUGGCAUGAGGGUGAGUAAAUUAUGUUAGAAUUUUCAUUUUUGGGUGAACUAUCCCUUAAAUCCACUUUUAAGAUGCAGAGCAAAUUUUCCUUUCUAUUCCUGGUAGUCUGGGGGGCCAAAACACUGCCUUUUGAGAACUAAUGGAAAUAUACAGAUUGAAUACAGGCUCAUGCUUCUCAACCAGGAUUUUGGAAUAGUAUACUUACAGAUUGGAGCUUUUAGUGAACUGCCUUUUAGGGUCACAUCAUAAGAUAUUUGGUUGAUGUAGGGAAAAGAUUGUGCACUAUUGCAUUGCCUCACACACAAAUCACAGCUGCUAAAUCUUAAUGUAGUUGCCACAGCAACGUCAGCCUUGUUGAAAUUCAAUGUUAUUUGGGGAAAUGGCUUUUCACUUGAAACAGAUUAUUUAAUUUAACAUUCUUUAUCUGCUGUACUGAUUACCAUCUGUAAUCCUAUUGCUUUAUGCAAGUGAUAGAUUAUUCAUAUUUGUAAAUUGCAGUUAAAGCAUUGUGCGCAAAUAAACAAGUUAUCAUCUGAGCUGCAAGACGUGAAAUAUACAUAAUGGAAAUAUCCCAUUAGUUGUGAUAUAAUUGCUGUUGUAUGCAGUCUUUCGUUCGAGCACUGCUGCGUAUCUUUACAUUGAAUUUUUUUUUCCUCCAUUAUAUUAAAUCACCAGUUGCUCUGAUAAAAA